UGAUCAUGCAUCAGAAAUUCCGCCCACCGAAACGUCAACAACUAUUGCAACGCGCGCGGUCACAGAGUCAACUGCUCCGCCUGACACGCCGGUCGCGAUGCCACGAGAGAUCAUCACAAUCCAGGCUGGCCAAUGCGGCAACCAAGUUGGAUCCCAAUUCUGGCAGCAGCUCUGCGAAGAGCACGGCAUCAACCAGGAUGGAAACCUAGAAGACUUUGCGAGUGAGGGCGGUGAUCGCAAGGAUGUCUUCUUUUACCAAUCCGACGAUACUCGCUAUAUCCCGCGUGCCAUCCUUCUCGACCUCGAGCCACGAGUCAUAAAUGCCAUUCGAGCGGGCCCAUACAAGAACAUCUACAACCCCGAAAAUUUCUACGUUCACAAAGAGGGUACCGGUGCGGGCAACAACUGGGCCAUGGGCUACGAGUUGGGCGGAAAGAUCAACGAGGAAGUUUUGGACAUGAUUGAUCGCGAAGCAGACGGCAGUGACAGUCUCGAGGGAUUCAUGUUGCUGCACUCCAUCGCCGGCGGGACUGGUUCCGGCCUUGGUUCCUUCAUGCUCGAACGAAUCAACGAUCAUUUUCCCAAGAAGCUUAUCUCCACAUACUCGGUAUUUCCUGAUACUCAGAGCGAUGUCGUGGUUCAGCCAUACAACUCUCUUCUUGCUCUUCGGCGACUGACCGAGAAUGCCGACGCCGUCACCGUCCUCGAUAACGAAGCCCUGGGCCGGAUAGCAGCAGACACGUUGCACGUUCAAAAGCCAUCGUUCGAACAGACCAACCAACUUGUCAGCACUGUCAUGUCAGCAUCGACCACCACGCUUAGAUAUCCUGGAUAUAUGCACAAUGACUUGACAGGCAUCGUGGCGAGCUUGAUACCCACCCCGAGAUGUCACUUUCUCCAGACCAGCUACACACCAUUCACCGGCAAUAACGUAGAGGAGGCCAAGACUGUCCGAAAAACGACAGUGUUGGACGUGAUGAGGAGAUUGUUGCAACCAAAGAACCAGAUGGUGUCGGCGAAACCCAGCAAGACCAGCUGUUACAUCUCUAUCCUCAACAUUAUCAUGGGAGAGGCAGAUCCCACUGAUGUACACAAAUCAUUAUUACGAAUCCGAGAAAGAAAUUUCGCACAAUUCAUCCCAUGGGGCCCUGCUAGCAUCCAAGUCGCGCUCACACGCACAUCGCCCUACACCCGACCCCCUUACACCACCCGUGUUCCUCCGAGAGUAUCCGGGUUGAUGCUCGCCAAUCACACCGGCAUCGCAACGCUGUUCAAACGCACAGUCUCGCAUUAUGACCGAUUACGCAAGCGAAAUGCAUUCUUGGAGCAAUACAAGCGCCAUGAGCCCUUCCGUGAUGGCUUCUCGGAAUUUGAUGAUUCGAGAGAAGUCGUGAUGGAUUUGAUCAGUGAGUAUGAAGCAGCUGAGCGGUCCGAUUACCUCUCCCCGGACAGAGACGAGGAUCCCUCCGAUGCUGCAGCCGACUCUCGUACCGACACGGCGACUGGCCGCUGAGAAAAAAAAGCCCUACUCGCAUAAUUGCCCAUCAUGUCUUUUGUUUGAUUUCUUCAUGACACAACUAGCGCUGGCGUUGAGGAGUUUGCGGAAGAUGUGGGCUUGGAUCUUCGAUAUUCUUGUUGUUCAGUCGAUUGCGGCGUUGAGGUCACAG